AUGGAACGGUGGAAGCACGGCGUGUUCGUGAACUUCAGAGGACCGGACGUUCGCGAGGGUUUCCUGAAGAAUCUACACAAGGCUUUGGUCCGGAGUGGCAUCAAAACCUUCGUGGAUAGCGAGGACCUCCACCAGGGUCAAAAAUUAACCCCGGCCCUCGAGAAGGCCAUCCAACGAUCCCUCGUCGCCAUCGUCGUCUUCUCCCGGGACUACGCCUCCUCUGAAUGGUGUCUGAAAGAGCUGGUGAAGAUCCUCGAGUGCAGCAAGCUCAAGGAACAGAUGGUGAUUACUGUGUUAAAUAAAGUGAAGCCGAGCCAAGUGGCGCAUCAGACCGGGCUUUAUGAAGAAGCCAUGGCCAAGCAUGAGCGGAGGCAUGGCAAAGAUUCGGACAUGGUGGAGAAAUGGAGGCAUGCUCUUUUCAUUGGUUCCGUCUUCCCAGGAUUGCAUCUCGAGGACAAUUCGUUAGUCUCUGAUACCCUCUCUCUAGAUUCUGUCUAUUCCUCAAAUUUUCCUUCGAUUUUUCUCCAUCGUUUCUAUGCCGGCGUUCAUCACAGAGGUGGAGCAACGACUAAGCAUGGAGAUAUGGAUACGUACCUAGGGAGUGCGAUGUAUAGUGUAAAUAUCAUCUCUCUUAUUUAG